ACGGGACCAGGACAAAAGCCCCUCAGUAAAAGUGCAAAAUAGGACAGAAGCCCCCUGUUUUUAUGUUAAAGAGAGGGUUAUUAGAAAUGCUAAAAGUAUAUAGAUUUAAAUAUGAAACUAUUACAAUUUAAAUACAGUAAUUAGAAUAUUAUAACUUUCAAUUUUGAUAUAGAACAUUAUUAAGUAAAUAGAAAAGAAAAAAAGCGACAUAUUUUACCUUUAUGUUCAUUCUGUAUUUACUGAGGUGACCCUUGGGCCCAGUGAGGUCACUAAAUGUCAGGGAAGUAAUUACCCCAGUAGACAAAACAUAAACGGCAUUGCAGAUUUAAUAAGCUUUCCUUGUAUACUUCUUUAUAACUAUAACAGAAUUCCUGAAGGUUAGGUUAGAUUUGGUUAGCCUAGAGAAGUGAUCACAAACUAAAAAAAUAAAAAAAUUAUUUUAAAAAUUCUUAUUAUAUCUUCUGGGGGACUUUUGUCCUAGGGGUUUUUUGUCCUACACUCGAGGAUACAUGGGACGAGUGGGGGAGUAUGAUGCAGACAAGGAGAACUUCACAUCAUAUUGUGAGAGAAUAGACUUCUUCUUCCUGGCAAAUGAAUUAAUGGACGACGGUGGUGAUGCUCGGAAGAAGGCCCUUGAAGAGAAAAGGGAAGCAAUCUUUUUGACAGACUGGAACAACAACCAUGUCACCUGGUGUUGGGGGCACAACCAACCAGUGUCCAAAAGUCACUGGAGAAGAGUUAGGCUACUUGUGUAAAUCCAUCUGUCAAAGAGAGAGAAAAGAGGAACCCGAAAUUGUCACCAUUAUGCCUCCUGCAGCACUGAGCUCCCAGCCCAUCACCAGUGUAGGAACAACUCAACAUCAGACCACAACAUUCCAAGCCAAUAAGAAGACAGCCUCUACCAAGACCACUGGAAAGCCCUCCCAAAAAGGACCACCUACAAGCUGGGGGGAUCAGCUGCUAAAGAAACGUCCAGGAAAGGGUGGCGCCACAAUACUCUGGCGUCCUGGCAGUGGUCGACAUGUUAGCGAAGGGGCCAACUCCUACAGACCUUUCACUCACAUCGUCCGGACACUACACCUUGAAGAUGCUGUUGAUGUUUGCACUAGAAGAAGGAUAGAGCCUAAAAAUGUCGUUACCUUUAGCAGUAUUGAUUCUCGAGUGUUAUCCCCAACCCACCCUUGUGCCAACAUGAAAGUGCUUUGGUUUAGUGCAAGUUCUGCUGACCAAGAUGAAGAUGCAUCAGAUUGGUAUGGCAAUGUUGAGUUUGCUGUAGAUGCUAAAAUUUUGCUUGAGCGUUGGAAAUAUUCCUUCCUGGUGGAGAUGAUGACAACACCAACACACACAACUACCCGCAUCUUGGUAACCAACACUGACUACUCUGAUAUAUUGCCAGAAUACAAUCGAUACUGUGCAGGAGGACCUUGGCAGGUCACCUCAGAAGGUCAGUUUACACUCAGCAAGUGCUCACGUUUCAAAUUCCGGGGUACCAACAUUCAUGAACACAUUACUGAAUUCAUGCUGGAAGUAACCCCAAAGGAUGAAAAGAAAAUCCUUAAGGCAUGUCAGAUAUCUUUCAAGAAUCAUGAGGAUGCACAAGAUAUGAAAGUACGUCAUGUAUGUAAUAGAUAUCAGCGUGCUGGCCAACCAUGUCCUUCUCCAUUUUCUCGUCCCCUCACUGCCUUUUAUUUCUUUGAUAAAAUACAACAAAAUAAAGUGUGUUGGAAUACAGGCACUCCCAAACUUUCCGUAAGUGCACAACAGUAUCUUCAGUCAUUCUUAGAUAAUUCACAGGAUCAUAGUCAAGUUACAGUCUGAAAAAUAUUCAGAAUUUCACUCUUACAGAAUUAUUUCUUCAUUCACUCGUCAUAACCAGAAGGCACAUUAGUGUUUGGAAUAUUCUUCAUUAAUUUGGGGAAAUGAGAUAAGUCCAUAUCUGCCAUUUCCAUACAGAAUAUUGGGGCAAGUGCAAGUAGGUGUUAUCUCUAGUUCAAGUCAGGUUGUUCUGCAUACAGUACAGUAGACAGCACUUAAACUUACUAGAUUACACAAUUUCCCAUUUUAUAUUCAUUAUUCAUGUCUUCAUGUCAUUAUAUUUCAUUGCAUCUACCAAAAUUAACCUCUUGUCUGAAGCAAACUUUCAGAUUUGUAACACCCAUGUUUCGUCACCAUUUAAAAUUGUUUUAAAACCAUGCGUGAUCCACAACACAUUUAGAGUACAUGUACAUUUCAUUCCCAAGUUUUGCAUUGUUACAGUGUUGGUGAGCAGGUCCUGAGAAAUGGAGAAGAUGGCCUUUAAUGUGUAUUUGAAUUUACAUUUACCUGUACUUGAUGGUCAGAUGGACAAUCCAUAUUCAUGUGUCGUACAGUACCAUUGAAACCUAUGUAAUCAGACCCACUCGUAGGACUUAGACCGGGGUAGUCUGAAUAUCCAAAUAUAACCAUUCUGUAGAGAGAUAUGCUAGGUCUAAUUACAGAAUAAGUACGGUAAUUGAAUUAUCAAUUACAGUAUAAGUAUAUGCAAGACUAACUCAGGAAAAACCUGUUUUUAACUUUUAUUCAUAUUGACAGUACAGUAGAGUACAGCACAAUAAUUUACACAAAAAUCACAUUACACCUGUACAGUAUAUUGUAUGCAAAACAUUUCUGUACAGCAUUUAAAUCCAUAUUAUUUAUAGUUAAUUUAAAUAUUAAUUUAUCCAAAUUAUUCACUGGGUCAUCAGCCGAAUUCAUUCAUUAAAAUUUUGAUUUUUAUUGUAAGGAAUCGUAUCUGAUCCCUUUACCACUUACGCAGUCCUAAAUGUUUAAAGUGUUACUGUGUGACCCUCAUAUGAUGAUGUCAUGGUGCUUUGUGUUGUGAUUCUGCUCGAAGCAGUUGACAUGAAUCAGUAUCUGUGUCCUCAUGCAGGGGCAGUCUUUAUGAAGCAGCUUUCUCUCACUGGGUGGUCAUAUGGCAUCACUACUGUUGACAUUUGUUAAUGACCUCAAUUGACCUAACACCAAUAGGCUUAACAGUGCAUUGUACAAAUCUUGCACAGUGCAUAACAAUGAUAAGAUGGGUUCUGACUUUAGAGAAAAUUUAAGAGGAUUGGAUUACAUAGUGCUGUAAAUGACCUUGGAACCAAAAGCAAAAGUUGAAAUCAGCUCUACAAAUGGCUGCUACACUCUACUGGUGAUAAGUAAGUGUAAACUUGGAGGAAUUGAAUUUGAAUGGCUAAUUUAUGAAGGUGACCUGAGUACACAGGUGAUAAGAUUAGCUGGCUGGUUUUAUUUUACAAUGAUGUGCAUACUUGAACAGUAAUAAUAAGCAUGAAGUUACAAUUAAUUUAGGUCAUCAAAUUGUUACAAUUUAAUGACUAAAUUGGAUUGUCUUCAUUUAGAUUAUUUCAAUGAAGAUUUUUUUCAUUUGCUGUAUUAGAGAGAAUUCUAAAGACAAAUUAAACCUGUACUGUAUAGACAGUAUUCUUGUGCAAAGGUUUGUGUGAUGUAUAAGUAUUGGUAGUUUUAUAACAAGAUUUAAAACAACUUAAUUCAUUACUACUAGCACAUUAUAAGAUUAACUUGCAAUACAUGUAAUGAAAUAUAAAAGGACUAAGCUUUAGGUGAAAGUAGAGAACAACUCCUAAAGUUUCAAAGUUAAAGACUGUGAUAAUACUCUACCAUACUUCUACUUUAUCCAUUAUUAUAUGCUGUAUAUUGUAGCAUUUAUGUUGAAAAUAGUAUUAAUUUUUUAUAUUCAACAGAUUCAUAGAUCUGUUAACUUUUGUAUUUUUUUUUUAAAUUUUGUACUGGCAUGGCGUGUCCUUUGUGCAGAGUGAAUUUCUAAGUUAGGAUACAACAAUUUAAAAUUAUAUGUUAUAAGUAAUAAAAUGCUCUUCUUAUUAACAUACAUAAGUAUUGAUAAUGAUGCAGAGGAUAUUUUUAUUGCAUUUUACAGUAAUGAUUGAAAUGAAUAAACCAAGAAAUUCAA